CGUCCCCGCGCCCUCCCCGCCGGGGCGCUCUGCCCGCAGCUCCGCACGCGCCGGGGCGGCACCGGGGAGGGCGCGCGGCGCGGGCAGCGGCCGGAGAGGAGCUCGGGGCGUUGGAGGUGAUGACCGCGGCGGCAUGGAGUUCCCGGAGCACGGCGGGCGGCUGCUGGGCCGCCUGAGGCAGCAGCGCGAGCUGGGCUUCCUGUGCGACUGCACCGUGCUGGUGGGCGACGCGCGCUUCCCGGCCCACCGCGCCGUGCUGGCCGCGUGCAGCGUCUACUUCCAUCUCUUCUACAGGGACCGGCCCGCGGGCAGCCGCGACACGGUGCGGCUCAACGGCGACAUCGUCACGGCGCCCGCCUUCGGCCGUCUGCUGGACUUCAUGUACGAGGGCCGCCUGGACCUGCGCAGCCUGCCCGUCGAGGACGUCCUGGCCGCGGCUAGCUACCUGCACAUGUACGACAUCGUCAAGGUCUGCAAGAACAGGCUCCGCGAGAAGGAGCGCGCGCUGCCCCCAGAGACGCCCUCCCCUGGGGCAGAGCUGCCUGGCGCGCCCCCAGGCCCCCUGUCUGCCUGGGCCUCUGUGCUCUGUCCGGCCGCCCAGAAGCCCAGGCUCCCUGCUGCUGGAGUCAAGGCCGCCUGCGCUCUACCGGCACUGGGGCCUCCCCCCUGGCAGGCCUCUGGAGAGUCGGACCGGGCCCUGGACCUGUCGCUGAAGCCUGGCCCGAGGCUGGAGCCAGUCCACCCACCCUGCGUCCUCCGGACACCCCCUUGCAGCCAGGUGCAGCCAGGGGCCCGGCCGGUCGUGAAGGACGAGCCAGAUUCACUGUCGGAGCAAGAGGACGGCAGCAGCCCUCGGAGCCCCCACAGGCCCCCUCAGGCACCCUGUGUUCCUGCAGCCGAGCGCGAGCGCCAGGUGCGCAGUGGGGAGCUGGAGCUGGAGGCAGAGCGGGGGGCGAUCGAGGAUGCGCUGCGGCCAGGUGGGCGCCUCUGCCUCUGCCCGCUGUGCGGCAAGCUGUUCCCCAGCGCCCACGUGCUGCGGCUGCACCUCGGCACCCACUUCCGCGAGCGGGAUGGCAGCCGCGCCCGGCUCUCUCCCGACGGCAUGGCGCCCACCUGCCCACUCUGCAGAAAGACCUUCUCCUGCACGUACACGCUGAAGAGGCACGAGCGCACGCACUCGGGCGAGAAGCCCUACACGUGCGUGCAGUGCGGCAAGAGCUUCCAGUACUCGCACAACCUGAGCCGCCACGCCGUGGUGCACACACGCGAGAAGCCGCACGCCUGCCGCUGGUGCGAGCGCCGCUUCACGCAGUCAGGGGACCUCUACCGCCAUGUCCGCAAGUUCCACUGUGGCCUGGUUAAGUCCCUGCUGGUGUGACCAUCGCUGCAGGGGUGAGGGUGGAGGGAGGGGCGGAUGGAGUGUGAGGGGCCGGAGCUCAGCCCGUGAAGCCCCUGAGGCGGGGCCCCACCCUGGAGUAAAGAACCCGUUGCCCCCGGAAACGGGAACGUGGCCUCAGACUUGUGCUGCCAGGAAGCCACACGGACAGCCUUGCCUCUCCACCAGCUCACUCCUGCUCCUGGACGUGCCCCGACCAGACCCCGUCCUCCUGUCCAUCCCCUCCAGCCAGUCCUGAGGAGUGUCCCAAGGGACGCCGAGCGUGGGCCCAGGCUCCCCAGCCUUGAUCCUCCCCGGGGCUUCCCCGACCCCCUCACCGGCAGGCUCGGGGUACCCUGUGCGCCUGGUACCACGCUCGGUGAAGGAUGCCUGCUCACAGAUGCUGUCAGUGUGAGUCCCCAGUGGGGAGCUCUGACGGAGCAGGCUCCUCCUGGUGGGUGGCAGCGGGAGCCCCUGCGGGGGAGGCCCUGGGCACAGGGAGAGCCAGCAGGGGCCAUCGGGGCACAGCUGGUGUGACAGGGUGUGGGCCCCCGGCAGGGACCACAGGGCGGCAGGAGCAGAAGCAGCCAGAAGCUGAGUAGCUCCGGAGUUAAGUUACAGGCACUGGCGGGGGAGGUAGGCCCUCCGGAGCUUUCGAUCCUGGAUCCUGACCGCACCGUGACGCAGGGCAGAGAAAGUGGGGGUUUGGAAACGAUUCUCUUCAGAUACAGAAGGAGCCUCCGGAGGUUGCCAGAUGUCUGCCUGUGGGUGAUGGGCUGUGCUGCUCCCCUGCGGGCGCCUCUGAGCCCCCCGCCCCAUAGGGCCGAGGGGGCUGGGAACGCAGCCCCCGGCCUCGAGUAUCACAGGUCAGUGGUAAGCCCGACCCUGAAGGUCACUUGCCCGCCUGCUCGGGGUCUCCCUGGAGCUGCUGGUCAUUUCCAGGACACUGAGCAGGGGGCCCGAAGCUGCUGUCUUUACCAGGAGCCGUGUUUGCAGGGUUUCCCUUCCCUAUGGUGGGGCCUGGGUGAAAGCAGGGGCGGGGGGAAGGCAGGUGGUCCAGGCUGGGUCACAGGCCCCGCUGCACACAGCCCGGGGAGCCUGAUGCUCCUAGAAAGCGAAAGGCUGCCGCGUCCGUGCUUGGUGGGGGCACCCUGCCGCGCCUGCCUGCUCCCAGGGCAGGUCUUGCUGCUGGAACCCAAGGGGGUGGGCAGGGUGGGACUACCCCAGCUUCUGGGGGUCCUGCAGGUGGCAGAGCUGCGUGGACUCUUGGUUUCCCCAGACUGUGUGGGCUCUUUCUGCUGUGACUGGAGGUGGUGCCGAGGUCAGAGUUCAAGUUUAAAUUAUUUUCUCAGCUCCUGACAACACUUGAUGUCGUAUUUAUUUGUCUCCCUGGUCUGGAGUGAGAAGACCGUUGGCCUUUGCAGCAGGUGGACAGGCGGGGGCCGUCUCCUGCAGGCCCUCGGCUCUCCCGGUGUGUGGGCAACUGGCCUGCCGACCAGAGAGAGGGCUGGGGGAAGGGGACCCCACUUCUGGUUGUCCUGGCCCCCGGCCCUCCACCUCUGGAAGGGCUGGUGGGACCUCACGCUUAGCAUGAUGUGCUCCACGAUCAGAUUUCCGUGUGUGUGUGUGUGUGUGUGUGUGUGUGUGUCUGACUGUGUGGGCACGUGUGUCCAACACAGGCAGGGCUGAGCCAGACCAGCAGCCGUGCCCACCCCCCCCCAGCAGGCAGCCGGGAGAUGAAGCAUCGGCCCUGGUUUUCCCCACAGGGUUUCUGCCGGGGAAGGGAUUUAUUUUCCUGGGGCAGGAAGCCUGCCCUGCGUUAUCAACACUGGAGUCCCUGUCUUUUGCAAACGUUACUGUGAAGUUAAUGUGCAGAGACGUGGUCAGCUUUACACUUAGUAACUGACACAGUUCAGGUUAAAAUAUAUAUAUAUACACACAUAUAUUUAAGACUAAUCAUGUGGGAUCCUGUAGCAGCAGCGUGUGUAGACGCCUUUUGGGUGGAGCCUGCUGUGUGGGGUCCUCCCGGGCGGCCCAGCCUCUGCCCCUCGGCCACCACUGCUGUGCCUCCAUGCCCCUGGGGGGCGGCUCCGGGCGCCCAGAGGACAGCGGUCGGCGCUCAGCACGUGGCGGGAGGUCUUGUGUGCGCCGCCGGCCUGCUGGAAAUCAGUGCUGUGUUCCCGUGUUCGCAUCGUGGUCUCA